GUGUUGCAAAAGCUGCUUGCUAUGUUGUCAGCCUCUGGGAGAGAAGUCUAAGCUGCGGGGGUCUCUCCAGGAAGAGAAAGACCACCACCACCACUGCUCUUCCAGGAGUCUAGAUCGGGCAAAGAGGAAAGUUUGAUUGUCGUCUACAUUGCAAGCACAAGGACCAGCUUCCGUUCUUCACAUCUUGUUUGGCCCUGAUCCUCUUGUUCUGCCCUGCUGGAGAGGGCUGCCAAGCAGGAGAAAUGAAUGUGGGCACAGCUCACAGUGAAGUGAACCCCAACACCCGGGUCAUGAACAGCCGUGGCAUUUGGCUCUCCUACGUCUUGUGGAUCGGCCUACUGCAUGUGAUUCUCCUCAGCAUCCCCUUCUUCAGCGUCCCAGUGGUCUGGACUCUCACCAACAUUAUUCACAACAUGAGCAUGUACAUUUUCUUACACACCGUGAAAGGAACACCUUUUGAGACCCCAGAUCAGGGGAAGGCCCGGCUACUCACUCACUGGGAGCAGAUGGACUACGGUGUGCAAUUCACAGCCUCCCGCAAGUUCCUGACCAUCACACCCAUUGUACUUUAUUUCCUCACCAGCUUUUACACUAAAUAUGACCGGAUACAUUUCAUCAUCAACACUAUCUCCUUGAUGAGCGUCUUGAUCCCCAAACUACCCCAGCUGCAUGGAGUCCGCAUCUUUGGGAUCAACAAGUACUGAGCUCAGUUUGGUUUUCUUUCUUUUUUAAAGUGAGCUGUGGGAGUCCAGUGUGAAACCCCAAUUUCCUUGGCUUCGGCUGCCUCUUCGGGAUACAGUUCUAUGACGGCUCUUUGUCAAUGGGCACAUCUUGCACAGGAUGCCAGGAUCUGACAAAACUCAACUAGCUCCAGUGGUGCUUGAAUCCUGGACAGAGUUUAGCUUACAGAGAGACCAAGGGGAGCUAAAAUGUAUUUAUUUUUCCUCUCAAGAAUCUGAAAGUAGAUGCGAACAACACUGAUUUUAAAAGGUACUUUUAGCUUAUUUUCUGGGUAUGGAAGAGAUCCAGCCCAGAAAACUAAGCAGGUGUAGAAAGGUAAGAGCCUGUAACAAGGUAAUGUUUAGGAUUAUAGCAAAUGCACUUUAACAUAAAGCUGUCCCUUUGGGGGGCAUUUUGACUUGCUUAUUGAAAAGGGCUAUAUCAGAAUUUUUAAGAUGUGCAUUAGGAUUAGGGUAGGGAGAUUUCCCAUGAUUUAGAAACUGUCAUUGAUCACUUAUAGACACCUUUGAUUUCUUGAUAGGCAGGUAGGAGAGAAUCUCAUUCCUUCUGUAGGGUCAUGAACUGCUUUUCAGUUCUGUAGCAAUGCUAUUCAGAAAUCUCUUCAGAAAGAGAUUCCAUUAUUUUAAAUGAGCUUUUUUUGCCUUCUGAAGGCUUGGGAAGUAGGUUACUCAGUAGGGGAAGUGGUUACAUAUUAAAACACGACUGUGGCCAGCAGGAGGACAAAGUGGAUGAAAUACAUGGCACUUGUGUAGAUAUGCAGAAAAUGUCCCAGUGGGUACAACAGUUUUAUAGUUGCAGUUGCCUCCCCUUCUGAGGUGUCCUUGCUGGAUGGAGAGCCAAAAGCUGGUGGUAGUUCCCCAUCCUCUGGGGCAGUGGUUCCCAACGAGGGUUCCUCCAGAUGCUGUAAAUUGUGGCUAGGGGUGCUGGGAGUUGUAGUUCAGCAACAUCUGGAGGAACCCAGUUUGGGAACCACUGCUCUGGGGACUUCCAUUCCAGAGUGGAUAAUGGCGAGUCUCUUGAAACAUGAUGACUUGCUAUGGACACUACACAAUGGCAGAGGCGGCCAGGGAUCCCAGGCGUUCUUUCACAUCUCUCGCUUUCCCCACCCCUGCCCUGAAAAUCCAAUCUAAGCAAGCCCAUUGACAAAGACUGGAAAUCCAACCUUAGCAAGCCCAUGAACAGUCUUAUAGAGUAUCACUAAUUCAUGCCAGCACUGGGGUUCAAAGACAGCUGCUCCUUAUCGUUCUUUGUGAAGUCAAACUAAGAUGGCACAUUUGUUUCCUCCAUACCUGUCUGUUUUUCACAAAUAUGUCAUUAAGGCAGUUCACAUGCUGAUUAACAGGGUCAGAGAAGCAUCCUACCCAUCUUUGGGGACUGUGUUUUCUGCUGGUGUGUGAGUAACAAACAAGGUUGGAGGCACUGAUGGUGACUGUCUGCUAAGUGGUUUUCCUCCUUCCUCCACGGUACCCAGAUACCGUACCAGCUGGGUACAGCAGCUGGAUAGGAGGCACCCUUCUACUCAGCUGUCACUUGACAGACAAUUGCUAUCAGUGCCUCAAACCUUGUUUUUUACUCGCGCAUGAGCAGAAAACAGGAGUGUGCACAGCUCCAGGACUUGAGUAGGAUGCUUCUCCUAACCUGUUUAUCAGCAUGUGUCAGAAGACAGUUUGUCCUGCUCUCCAUCACCCAGAUAAUGUAUGAUGUACCUCACUGGGAAGUGUAGCUACCUGCUAGUCUGCUUUUUAAACAGCUUUGGGGCUCCACAUUGCAAGAAAGAGGAUUCUCUUCUGCUUGUUCACCACUAGGUGGACCAUUUCCUCCUGCAACUUUGAAGGGGGGGAAAGACAAUAGUAAAAAACAAAACCCAACUCCAGCCACUGAGUAUGUUCUGACAUAUGCAAGCAACCGCUCUGAAAAAUGCAGACUGCCAUUUAAUCAUCAGAACAUCAAGGAAGAGAUUUACUUAAAAUAUUGAUGACCAAGAUUUUGCAUAUACAAGAUUGUAUCUUUGUGAAGGAUACAGCCUAGUAAGAAAAGUGUGAAAAUGAAUGCCCUCCCAUGUAAAAAAACACAAAGCAAUUUCUAUGUAAAGGGGGAGUUUCAUAAAAGGAUUAAUCAGGGCUGAGUAUUUCCUACUCCUAUUUCUUCGCAGGAGCACCUAAAAAUCUGAUUCUCUCCCUCCCUUACCACUGUACUGAGGUGGUAUGCAAACAUUGGAUGUUGGUGCCAAGAAAUCAGAAAUGCUUUUCCAGCCCUAGAACUGAACACUUAGAUAUUUUUUCAGAAAGUAGCACCUCUACUUUCAACUCCCAGUGCUGCUCUCUGCUUUUGGAUGUUUUUCUACGAGUUUAAUUUUCUUUGUCCCAUUAUGUUCUGGUAGCAAAGCUAUCAUCACACUUUGUAGCAACUUGGAAAAAGAAAGGGCCGUGGUCACUGAUCCCUGUUGGGUAAGUGGCAUCUUAAAGGUGCAUCUACACUGUGUCUUUUUUGCAUAAGUUGUUUUAUUAAAUAUCAUUAGUACCAUGAGCAGUCUGCAUCCAACACUGUUGUCCUAUCCCAAUCUGCUCUCUUUUUCUGAGUUUGCAACACUUGCAUUUCCCCAAAUGGGCACUAACUUUGCCACAUUGGCCCUUAGGAAUCAUAGUUUGGAGAAAUGUUUGCAACUCUUCUCCUUUAAAACCAUCCCUUUCUCAGUUUUCUUUCCUAUUCACUGGCAUAUUUUCAUCAGGGGGUGAUGGAAUAUGAUUUUUUAAAAAUAUGAUUGUGUACACAUCUACCUAGUCAGCAGUCUUCACAAGAAAAGACUAUUCUACCUUUUUUGAUGUUUGCAUAAAUAUAUAGAAUAACUCCAUUCUCUCUCCCUUCGUCUGUUAAAGAUUUUUGUGCAUCUCAACAAAAUUAGAAGACUCUAAGGCAUUGUGCCUAUCUAAGAAGAGUCUGAGGGAGAUUUAGAAAAAUCUAAGGGAGUUUGCCAGUUGUGCACAAAAGUUGGCACAACUUGUAACAAAAAAAUCUACUCCAAAAUUAAAAAGGAAAGAUGUACUAUACUGAGAGGAAAUACAUACUAUCCUAGGCUUCUGAGAGUGUGCUACAUGGAGACAAGCAGUAUUGUGGUGGGGGGAAGAUGUUAAAAGCAACAGCAGAACUGCACUGGCACAGCUACAGCCUAGCCAACAGAUCAUUUCAAACCUCCCUGUAUAUUUCAAAACGACUUAUAUCACAGUGGGAGGACCUGGAGUUUGGACCAGGAAGCUUGAAAUCGAAAGGCCAAAUGGCACGUUCUAUAAAGCACACGCCUGGCAGUUGCCUGCUUCUUUUGCUUGCCCUUAAAUAGCAGGUGCAGGAAGGCCUCAUUCGGAUCAGGGAGCACCAAAGCGAACUUCCCUCCCAGAGUGAAUUGCAGCUGCUGGCAGAGGAGCCAGUUCAGCACCACCACCACACACACACACACACAGGGGUGGUGGGGAGCAAGCAUGCAAUUGUUAAGCAUAUGCUGUACAUAAUAUAUAGGGCAGGUUCACACCUAACGCAGAACUUGCUUGCAAUGUCGGUAACUGGCUUAUCUGUGACUGAACCCAUGUCAAGGCAGGAACUGGAGCUUCACUUGGGGCCUCAAACCGAGAUUUGUAUCCAAGAUUUGAAGUUGGUCUGCCAAACCCACUGAGGUGCGAGUUAUGUCUGAAUAACCUAACCAAGAGGUUCACGCCCUUCAUGACCCUGCAGUGUCAACUUCAGGCUCCCUCCAUAUCGUGGGCUGGGGGAACCUCAGGUUCUGCAUUAUGUAGGAACCCACCCAUAGUUUGAUUCUUAGGCUGGAACCUAGCCCAGUGAGCUACCCAGGACUGUGUCUACUUGGAUCUCUGUCCUCCGGGCACAGCAGGGAAUAGGGACGCCCAACAUCUGGCCCUGCUAUGGGCAGGCAUUAAGGAAAGCAGUAGCAGCUUUAAAAUUACAAGCAGACAAUGUACUAGUGAUGACGGUUCUCGAUCAGAACUUGUCAUCUAAGCACAGCGAGGGAGGCAGGACCUCCCCAGUGUAAUUCUUCUCUGAGAGAAGCAAGUGACCUUUCCCCAGUUCAGUACACCUAUUUGUAAAAUGGCAAUGAGGGUUAACAUUAUAAGCUACUCUCCAAAACACUAGCACAGUUAAGGUUUUAGGCUGCUGUUGACUCUUAAAAAAAUUCCUUUUUAAGGCAUCUUAAAGGUGAUACUUUUCAUUAUAUUCAUGAAAAGUGAAGAUAAUGAGUAUGAACUGACUGUGAAAUAUACAGAGGAGGAGGAGGACGGGUGAAGCCCUAGGGUAAUUCAGUUUUAAAAGAAGAAGCUGACAAGUUUUAAAAGUUUUAAUUUAUUUGAUGGGGGGAUAGGGGAAAUGUUGCUGAUAUGGAAGUUCUGCUUCAGUGAAGUACAAUUGUUACUUUCUCCCACUGCUAAAGCUUCCUUCUUCUCAUCCUCCUUUUCUUCCUUCCACUGAACAAAAGGUACUAAGAUGUCAAAACUGCAGUGAAGGGCUGGCACCCCCUCCCAGGUUUCAUUGACAUGGGAUGCUCAGUGUAAGCACGUAUGAAAAGUUGCAUUUCAGUACUAGUAGUAAGAAAUGAAUGAACGCACAACUUAACACCAGUCUUGCUUUGAGGACAAAGCAAAAUGACUGGAGGAAAAAAUCCAUUUUGGUGGUACUGUUUGAUCUGUGCUAUGCAUGGCUCACAAGAUAUUUAACACAAGAUAAUUUACUUAAAGGGCUUCUACAUUUCUUAGCAUUAUUCCAGAUAGAUGUUGAAGGCCUUAAACACAGCUCUAAGCUGCACUAUUCUGACACAGAGUUGACUAAUGUUCUCUAUUCAAGGGAAUAAAUAGUAUGAAGGCUAAUUCAGGCUAAACCAGACAGUUUUCACAUGGUUUCUAUGCAGGCAUCUGCCUCUCGCUACUCCUUUCUCCCCUCUGUCCUUCUAGUCAUUGUAAGAGGCAUUGCUUAGCAUCCUUUUCACCAGCCAUAGUUCAUUGACACUCCAGGCCAAGGGUUCCCAACCUUGGGUCUCCAGGCGUUGUUGGACUAAAACUCCCAUCAUCUCCAGCCACAGUGGCCUUUCAUCAUUGUGGCUGGAGGUGAUGGGAAUUGUAGUCCAACACCUGGGAUCCCAAGGUUGGGAACCCCUGCUCUAGUCAAUGCCUCUCAUUCUCUAAAGACAGUGGCAGCCCAGCUUAAGUUCUCCUUGUGUAGGAGGUGCAACAUGCUGCCCCCUCACCGUUUUCCAGUGUCAGUGGCAAUAGCUGCCACUUGAUUUCAUGUGUCCCCUUAUGCUCAUGAGCACACAUCUGCCACCUCCUCCAUCACCACAUGACAUGCAGUGCAUGCGCCCUCCUCUCCCUAGAGAGCAUCUCCAUCACACCAAAGCCCGUUCCUGAUGUCCUCUUCUGCUUUCUCCCCCUUUUCAUUAUUGGGCCAGCAGCAGAUGAGGUAGGAGGCUGCAAAGAGGAGAUGGUGGCAGUGGUGAGAAGCAGCUCUUUGCCUACUGUUGUCUGUGCCACUGCUUGACAAAGAGCUGCUCGGAUGGCAGAGGGAGGUGGCCGGAGGCAUCUUGCUGCCCUGCUGGUGCGCCAAUGAUUCACUGGCUAAGGUGACUGCCUCGCCUCACCCCAUGGCUUCUUCUCCACCGCUAUGUGGAGCUGUUGAAGUUCUUGAUGCUGCCAUUACCAUUACGUUGGUGGCAGCAGAGGGGAAGAGGUCAUCUCUAUGAGAAUUUUUUAAAAAAAUUAAAAGUCUUUUUAAAAAAUCCUUUAUGCCACAGAACUGCCAGCUCACACCAGUGGCAGAAGUAAUGGCUAGUAGAAACCUGAACUCUAAAGAAGGUUGUUUCAGAGAGCAUGUGGCUGAGUAGCUUAGCUUUUACAUCAGCCAGAUCAAGGCAAUAGGAAGAUUAUGUGGACAUGUUUGUUCCUUCAUUGGAAGGUAAAGGUUUAAAUAUUCCAUAAAUUGUUUUAUAAUGGGUAGAGGAAAGACUGGCUAUCUUGUGGUCUAUUCCACAUGCUCAUGUGCUGAGCAAUUACUUGAACUAACUUUGUCAAGCAGAACAAGACUGCUAUUAUAGCAUCUAGCAUACCAUUUUCCAUAUUCCAACCAUCUUGAUUAACAUAUGAACCUGCUUAUACUGAAUCAGACUCCUGGUCCACCUAGGACAGUAUGGCUCACAGCAACUGGUAGUAGCACUCCAGAAUCCCAAACAGAGGUAUUUCCCAGCCCUACCUGGAGAUGCCAGGGACUGAACCUGGGACCUUCUACAUACAAAGCAUGGGCUUUAUCAUGGAGCUGUGGUCCUUCCCCAAAGCUGCUUGAUGAAACUGCUCCUUGAUCUUGACAUGCCUGAGUUCAUACAAUUUGCUUGACAACAUCCUCCUAUGACUGUAUAAACCUGAAAGAGCUUUUUGAUGCAGUCUGGGUCCUCCCUUCCUCAAGGGGGCAGGAUUCUCCAUGCUGUCAGAUUUAGUCACAGCAGGCUUGGAUGAAACACAUAACUGUUCUGCAUGGACAACCAAUCUGAAUGUAAUGGGAGGAGCACCACCUUACCACUUGAAAACUAUUAAUAAAGUGGGUUCCACAAACAAUUUGAGUCCUUAAUGGGAUAUGGUUGGUAGCAGAGAGUAGUGAGCACAUGCUAACUAUAAUGGUUAUGCUCCCCCAGGGAGCAUAAUUGUGUCAGCUGAGUUUGGAUUAGCCAACACAAUUAUGCUGAGACAUGGCACAUCCUUUGACCUGCCAAAGCCCCAAAAUCUGAGUCCCAAAUCUUCCUCCUCAGUAAUCAGGAGCAAAGGGAACCUCUCUUCCUCCCCAUAACAACAGCUCCAGGGUUGAAGAGAGGUUAAGUGCUCUCUCCCCCUCCAAAGUGGCUUUUAGAGGGGGUUAGAUCUCUACUACAAAUUUUGCAUGCUGGACAUGGGUGCCUUGAAUAAUGUUGAGCAUUAUGACUGCUUUAUCCAGUCUGGUGUCUUCAAGGCACAAUGCUCUUAGUGAGCCUGGCUGUUCUCUGUGGCAGUGAAAAGAUAACUGAGUAGAAUGGUCAAUGGCCACUCAUGGUGCUCAGAGAGCUUUCUAGAAUGUUCCAGUGCUAGAGCCAGUACAUGCAGCAUUGGGAAUGUGGGGUUCUAGGGCACAGAGAUAACUUGGAGAUUACCCAAAUUGCUUUUCGUGGUUGUUUUUUUAAAAUGGUCCUAUCAAUGGGAACUAGGCAUGCCCAGGCCAGAGCCCAGAACUGUAGAGCUUUAGAGAGGAAAAGAGGCACACUCUCACCUCUGUCAGUCUAGAAUCUUCUCAUUUAGUGUGCUAAUGCUAUGGGGCAGUGCAAGUGUUUUCUUGCCAAGUGCUGGCAAGAACCUAGAGCAAACAGGCAGGCGAUCAGGCAAAUGGAGGUGCAGAAGGAUCACCUAUGGGUCUGUCUCACUGAUGUAUUAUCCAGACUGAGCAAGUGAAGAGAUCUGGGAGCUUUAUAGCAGAAGGUGGUUAUCCCAGAGAGCCAAUCUGAUUUUCGGGAUCAGGAGGAGUCUCGACUGUGGCCUCAGUAUCCAGUUCAAACAGCCUACCAGAGAUGGCACCAAAGGUUUGGAUUGCUUAGCAAUCCCCGAGACUGGUCCCUCUGUGCCUAUAGCUUUCAUGUCAUGGUGGCAGAGUAACUCCUUUGGGGUCUACCUAGGUAAGAGGGGGUCGAUAGAGGGCAGUUUCCCAAGGGUCUGAAUUUUCUUUCUGACCCAGUAAAGUCAAAUUUUUCACUGGAAGAAGGGGAUAGAAUUUACACAAGGGUCCACUCAAGCAUGAGAAGAUAAACCAGGUUUCAAUGUAUCCAUUUUAAUGAGGAUAUCCAGGCUUAGGACUAUGAAUGAUCUGCUCACUACCAAAUUGGAGGGGCUUAGCUACCUGGUAAAACAGUCACAGACUCCACACAAUCUGAUGGCACAGAGAGCAAAUCAAAAGAAUAACAGGCCACUGUCAAAAGGUCAUGUAGCACUUCUGCAAUCCUAGAACAGAGAGAAAAAUGCCAAAUCUUUGCUUAGGUAAUACCCAGAGCAACAUGCUGUUUACUGCAAGAGCGAACACUUUUGUGUUUAAUUGACAGGUCAUAAUCACUUGACUAGCUGUUGGGGGUCUGGGUUUUCCUUUCGCUUCAGGCUAGUUACUUCACAAGAGUUUAAUUUUAAAAACAAAAAUAAUCCAACUGUUUUAAAAGUAUGGUAGUAAGCUAUUUAGGAGGUAUGAAUAGCUGUGUUGCUAUUGGAAAUAGAAUGUUAUGACAUGUCUUUGGAUUGUUCUUUAAAUUGUAGCAAGUUAACCUGUUGCAUUGAUUUAUCAUCUGUGAAAUAUAAAUUUUAGAAAGCAUGUAUGUAUGUCAUUUUCAGUGAACUUCUUCAGUUUUACUUGGAACAUCCUUGUUGGAUAUAGAAUCUGUUUGGUUUCUUUCAUUCUUUUUUCCUUAUUUUCUGAUUUGCUCCUUCUUUUGUUGUGUACACAUCUUUCAUCUGGAAAACUUUCUAAGACAAAGUGUGAAUAUUAUUUUUAUGAGUCCUUUCUACAGUAUUCCAGACAAACUAAUAAAAAGUCAGUAUUCAUGUAG